AAAGAGCGACGUGUGGAGUCUGGGCGUCGUUCUGUACUUCAUGGUCAUUGGACGUUUGCCCUUCAAAUACGACAAACAAAAGGGCAAGGCUACCGUGCUCCGUUCACAGAGGAAAGGUGUGCAGUUUCCACAAGAGAUGCCGAUAGAGGAGCCUUGUAAGGAACUCAUCACACGCAUGCUGUGCUUCAAUCCCAGAAAACGGUGUUCCAUCGCAGAGGUACAGCAGGACCCUUGGCUGCAGUCGGUGCCAGAACAAGUUAUAGACAGACCUGCUGAGACAGCUGAUGAAGAAGAACGAAAAAGCAGUGCGAGUUCUCCAGACGUCACUGCAGUCGAGGCAGUAGAAGAGGAGCUCCCUGCUACAAGCUGCAGAUGCGAUUCAGAGCAGGAAGCUGUCGGCAGUAAAAUUGGGGCGAGUCGGACUCACAUUGGCGUAGAGGACGUCGGGGAGGAGGAGUCCGGCUGCAUCGGCUGCUGCUGUUCAAUUUUUACUGCAGUGAAAAGCGCAGCUAAGAAAUAUGUUGCGGCACCAAUCCUUAAAACCACCCGGAUCUUUCGAAGAAAUAUUAGGAAGAUUCUUCCAAUUAACCUCAAAGCAUGACCUGAGGUAUGUAAAAAGAUUUCAUAUCUUAAAAUCAUUUUAUAUAUUUGUUGGAAGGGAGGAGUAAAUCUAGAGGAGUGAGAGUGCCCUGGAAGAGUGCGCUUUUAAAUAAUUAAAUGUGUGUUUUAAAAAAGUCUGAAAUGCUUCAGUUGGUUAAUCUUUGACAUUUUGUCCCUCUAACAGAUAACAGAUAACCUAAAAGACUAACACGUGUUCAAACCAUAGAAAUGUACAGAACGUCUCACAGGAUUGAUAAAUUACUGGGUGGGUUUUUAAGGUACAGACUGGGUUUAAUGGGAAUGUCCUGCUCCAUGGGCUGGUGGUGGAAGCAAAACCACAGCCUAUAGUGUAGCAGGACAUCAGGAACACCAGGCUUCUGUUGCCUCCAGAGUAAAUCAAGAGGAGUGAAGAGAAAAAUAAAUCUAUAGGAGUGAAAAGAAAAAAUACAAUUUAUAGCAAUAAAGGGAAGAGUGAAUCUAAAAGAAUGAAGAAAAGGAUAAAUCUAUAGGAGUGAAGGGACGAAUAAAUCUAUAGGAGUAAAGAGAAGAAUACAUUUAUAGGAGCCAAGAGAAAAAUAAAUCUAUAGGAGUGAAGCGAAGAAUACAUCUGGAGAAGUCAAGAACAGAAUAUUGUAAAUCUACACACUAUGGCGAGAGGGGGAACAAACAAGACUACAGUUACUGCAGUGAUGCAUUUAAACCACUACAGUACCCACAAUCCAAUGCAAAUAGAUAUUCUUAUUUUGCUAAUCCAUUAAUAAAACACAAGCUAUUAGAAAAAAAGUUAUUGAAAAAGUAAAAUAACUAUACAACAUAAAUUAUGUAUAAACAUAUGUAUGAACAUACAUUAUGCUAGACAAAUAUUAAGCUAAAUAUUUAAGUUAAAUAAAGACUAGGAACUAUGAACAAAUAGGAAAUAGACAAAAGCAAGAUAAUUGCAUCACAUUAAACAAUUAUAUUUUUAAAUCCUUAUAUUGCCCAUAUGCAGAAACUACAGAUAUUCACAAUAAAACUAUAUAACUCACAAGUUCUGUUGAAUAUAAAUCAAGUAUUAAAUCCAAAUAUACAAUAUACAAUUUCAUUUAAAGCAAAAAAAUGGCUGUAACAAUAGAAGGUCACGAGGAAAACAGCCUGAAUGAGACUGUGAUGGUGUGAGGUCAGGGGAAAUCCUGUAACUCUGAUGAUUGAGAUGCUGGAGAACCUGCAGAUCUGGUUCUGUUUGUCGGGUCACACUCUGGAACAUUUCACUGUUGGAGUGGUGGAGUGAGACGAGCACAGACAAGGCAAACGCUGCCAAACAGAGAUGUUGUAUCUGCUGGGGAUAAUCUGUGGUCUUCUCUGCAUCCUUAUGUUCAUAAGUAAUGGCCUCAGUCAGCAGAAGACACAGAGAGGUUCUAAAGGAGGCCGGGGUAGUGCAGAAAAAAAGAAGAAGGACUACAGUGAAAAGGAACUUCACUUCAUCAUCAGGAUCCUGUCAAUCGGGCUGGUGGACGCUGACCCCCACACUCUACACCAUCUUAAAGAGUACAGAGAUCUCCAGGGAGGUUCAACCUGAGACAUCAUCAGAGAUAUGGUCCUAUAAAUACUGUAUGUGUUUGGACGGAGGAACUGUUCUUCAUGUUAUUUGCACGGCAGCUGCUGUAGAAAUGACCCUGCAUACUGCUUAAGCAUUGGAAGAACUGGUGAUUUAGUGUAAAUAUGUGUAAAACUAAUAUUUUCCUGAUUAGUAUUACCAUAAUCAUAAUUAUUUAAAGAAACGACAUGUUCUAAAUGUCUAAAUGCAGUCCAGUUAUCUGCUUUGCCCUCUUCUCCCCAGAUGCAAAGCUCACUUGGGUUGCCAGGUGGAGGACACUGAGCCUGCAUGACCGAGCACAAGACGAGUUUAAGAAUAUUUGCACAAUAUGGAGUCAAAACUGAGCCAAUAGCAGCUGUGGCUGAUGUAGGCCUGUGUUUUUUAAUGCAAUUUUUAAUUUUAUAUAAAGAUUUGGCUUGAUAAUAACAAUAUAGACUGUACAAUAUAUACAGCUCUGGAAAAAAAAUAAGAGAGCACUUAAAAAUUAUGAGUUUGAUUUAAUUUUACCGAAUUGAAAACCUCUGGAAUAUAAUCAAGAGGAAGAUGGAUGAUCACAAGCCAUCAAACCACCAAACUGAACUGCUUGAAUUUGUGCACCAGGAGUUAAGCAGCAUAAAGUUAUCCAAAAGCAGUGUGUAAGACUGGUGGAGGAGGAGAACAUGAUGCCAAGAUGCAUGAAAAAAAACUGUGAUUAAAAACUAGUUUUAUUGAACUUUUAAAGGGUUUCUGAACUCUUAAAACGUUAUAAAAAUGUUUUUAAGUAAAAGUUUCAGUAUGCUCAAUGAAACAAUGAAGAUCUACACUGGAAGUUUUUGUGAAGUGCUGCUUCUGCUUUAUUCCAUGAAGUGCCUGAAGCACUCAGCUGUAUUUCCUGUACAGGUCUGAACAAGACAUACAGACACUCUGCAGGUCUAAACCAGGAUACACACAUACCAUCAACAAUGUAUUAUAAUCAUACACAGCAGAUACAUAUAAAAAUCACUCACAAAUAAAAAGUUUUCACAUCAGAACUGAA